UCGCCCUCGCCCAAGUCAUACUACUUGUUUGAUGGCUAUGCUCACCUUUCUUCUGGCCUCGCUUGUGGCCUUGCUGGCCUUUCUGCUGGUAUGGCCAUUGGAAUUGUUGGGGAUGCUGGUGUUAGAGCCAAUGCACAACAGCCAAAGCUUUUUGUUGGAAUGAUUCUUAUUCUCAUUUUUGCUGAAGCACUGGCUCUUUAUGGCCUUAUUGUUGGCAUCAUCCUCUCUUCUCGUGCUGGUCAGUCUAGGGCAGAUUAGAAGACGGCAUUCGGCUUUGCAGCUGCAGUUUGUUACUAUCUCUAUUGUGUUCCCAGUAUGAAUUAUUAGUUCGGUCAGCAAUGUUUUUAGGCUCAAUCUUUAUCUUUAUGUGGCUAUUGCUUGGCCUGAAGAAGAGGGGGGUUGAUUUCUGCUGAUGGUAGAUAGUAGUUCAGGACUUCGGUUUUCCCUAAAUAAAGUUCUCUAUUAAUUUAUAUUUUCUUUAUGUUGCAAGACGAUGUUUGAUUUGUGUAAAACCAUUUGUUUGUAUUAUUUUUGUGGAAACAUCAUUCUUUUU